AAAAAAGGGUAAAAAUAAAAUAAAAUAAUUAAAUGGCCAAAUCUCGAAUAACAUGAACCCAUCAAUGCAAAUAAAAAUCGCAAAUCCUUUCCCUUCUCCUUUCCUUUCUUUCUUUUUCCCUUCCUUCUUUCGUUUCUCCUUUGCUCGCUGUCAAUGCUUUUACCGUCCCAAAUACCCUCGGCCCGCAGCCCGCCGAUUCGGCGACCGCUCUCGCCGGCGCUUUUCUUUCUUCGCUGCUGCACUUACUGCAGUGCCACCGAACCAACAGGUAAUUCCGCGUUGUAUAUAUUAUGCUCGUACCGUCCGUGUCGCAUAAAGCAACAAUCAAAUGUUACUCUCCCCAUCGCCUCUCGUUUUAUUAAAGAAAAAAACACAAGAACCCCGAACAAGACAAGGUACAUGCGACUACCUCUUUUUUCUUUUCGUCCGCCCGUGUGUAGGUAUGUACC